AAAGAAAUAAAGCGGUAAAAUUCAUGAUCGGACAUAUCUUCGUAAAAUACUCGUUGAAUCUGUCAGGUACAAGAAAAGAGGAAAAAGGAAAUCUGCCCAAAAAUUAAGAAAUCGUGUGCUUGCAAUUUGUCUAUCAAGAGGAUAGACUUCUCAUGUCAAGCAGAAGCCUUAGGUAAUGAAGGACAGGUCAGUGGGACUAAAAGGGUGGCAUAAGCAACUAUAAAAAGAAAAUGGCAAUGAUGCACAAUCUUUAUGGUCAAAUUGAUUUGGCAUCAUCUGCCAAAUAUCGAGCAGAGGAGGUUCAAUCAAGAUUGAGCAAUAAAUAUCCAAGCUUUAUGAAGCCAAUGAUCAGAUCAAAUGUUAGUGGAGGUUUCUGGCUAUCUCUUCCAAGGUUAUUCUGCCAGCUGCAUAUGCCACGACAUGAUAUAGCCGUUACUUUGGUAGAUGAAAGCCAGGAAGAGUAUAAAACAAAAUAUCUUGCUGAGAGGAAUGGACUCAGUGGCGGAUGGCGGGGUUUUUCGCUUGCACAUGACUUAGUGGAGGGAGACGUUUUAGUUUUUCAGCUGUUCAGAUUCUGCAAAUUGAAGGUGUAUAUAGUCAGAGCCAAUUAUUUGGCUGAAGUUGACGCCGCUCUUGUUCUUCUGCAUUUAGAUGCCCAUCAAAAACAAAUUGAUCCUGUGCACCAAAGGCAGGAUAAUAGAAGUAUGAAACAAGCUGGGAUUAAGCGUCAAAAACUUUCCUCACAAGAAGGGGAUUAUUAUUCUUCAGAAAACAUGUUACACAAACUUAGUCAUCCAAGGAAUACGUUCAAGGAUCUUGACCUACCUUCAAAAGGACUGGCCUAUGAAACUUUCAGCAUUGUGAAUGCUGUAAAAACCAACAUACUUAAUGACGCUCCAAGUGGUACUUUCUCAUCAUGGACCACAAGGCCAACUGAACUUGAGCAGUUAGAGAUCAGACCCUUUUCAGCUGGAUACUCCAUUGAACCAGCUUUAACCCUACCAGGGGCAGAUAUGGAAUUCACGCCAUGAAUGCAGCUGCACUAUUGUCUUCUGUCUUUUAACUGUAGAGUUUAAGUUAUAUACAAGGACGGUGUAAAAUCGUUUUACACCAGUAUAAUUUAAGUUAUAAAAGUCUUCACUCUAUUAUCCAAGUUACAAUAUAGGCUUAAUACGAAGAGUUACAUGUUAUUGUAGGUCAACUUAAUUCUGAUAGUGUAAAAGUUUCGCAUGGUUAUUACAUAGAACAUAAACUCUUAACUAUAUAUAGUCCACCAAUUUUGAAAAGAUAUAUGUAUUUCUAUUAUUUGUGUUUACUUCAAAGUAAAGUGAUCGUUACAAUGACACUUAAAUUUUGGAUCCACCUU